GGCCAUUGCAAUAUUCGAUAAAGAAAGAGAGGGUCUUCAUUCACAAAAAUAAGAGACGCAGAUUGUACGAAACUAAGGCGAGCUUCAAAGAAGAAAUAAUGUCAGCUGCAAAGCCUGAAGUAAAGAAUUGGAAGGAGCACAAUCGUAAACGGAAGGAAUUUCGAAAACAAUGGAAGGAGGAAAAAUUGGCAAAGAAGAUGAAGGAGGCGGAAUUCGAAAAAGAAUCAAAAAAUGAGACGCAGGAGUAUACAGAAGAAUGUAAUACGAAGCACGAGCGGAGGGACAUCUGUACCAUCAGCAUAGCGGUACCUGGGUCGAUCCUUGACAAUGCGCAAUCCCCAGAACUACGCACCUACUUGGCAGGACAGAUUGCACGUGCUGCAUGCAUCUAUAAGGUGGACGAGAUCGUGGUGUUUGAUGAUAAGGGCGAGAUCACGGAGGAUGACAAGAGGAAGGUCAAGAAGGACGAUACGCUGGGUGAGGCCAAGGUCGGGUGUCUACAACUAGCCAGGAUACUACAAUAUCUCGAGUGUCCACAAUAUCUGAGAAAGUACUUCUUUCCAAUCCACAAGGACUUACAGUAUGCGGGUUUGUUAAAUCCAUUGGAUGCGCCACAUCAUCUAAGACAGAAGGAUGAAUUUUUAUAUCGAGAGGGUAUAGUUACCAAUAAGCCCAUAAAGGCUGGCAGAGGUUCUCAAGUGAAUGUAGGAUUGUUAAAUGAAGUUCAUGUAGAUAAGGUGCUGAUGGCUGGGUUAAGGGUGACAGUGAAAAUACCACCUGAUCAGUCAAAUCAAAAGAAAAUAAAAGGUAUUAUUGUACCGCCUAACAUGCCACGUAUAGAGACUGGUAUCUAUUGGGGCUAUAAUGUCAAACUAGCCAAAAAUCUAACAGAGGUGUUGACAAAUUGUAAUAAAGAAGGAUAUGAUUUGAUAAUUGGAACAUCUGAUAAGGGAACAUCAAUCGACGAGAUAAAAUCAAAGAGUUUAGAGUAUCACCACUGUCUCAUAGUAUUUGGAGGUCUCGCUGGAUUAGAAGCUGCCAUAGAUAUGGAUCCACAUUUAAACGUUGACGAUGCAUCUCUAGUCUUUGAUAAAUAUAUAAAUAUGUGCCCACAGCAAGGCUCACGAACAAUUAGAACAGAAGAAGCUAUUCUCUUGACUUUAGCUGAAUUGAGAACUAAAUUGAUAGCUAAAGAAAUCUUAAAAGAAUAA